CAUCAGAUCAAAGUAAACGUUUAAUGGGAAAUGGUCGACUGAGUAGACUCACUUAAGUGUAGUAAUUCUUUAGUCGGAAAGCAGUGGAAGUUACGUAUUCACUUUAAAUUGAGUUGUUCAUGCAUUGCUAUUUGUUUCAUUUGAUUCGAGAACACGUUAUGCUGAAGCAUCCAUCUUUCCGACCCAAUUCGACACGUCGUCGCGGCUGUAGUCGCGCCCUAUCCCCGUAGAUAUCCAUUUCCCCUUGAUAACUCGUUUACAAGUUUUGGUCUGUUACAUUUAUUGCUGCCCAUUCUUUUAAAUUCGAUUAUUUCACUUGUAUCGACUGGGCAUUAAAUUACUGAUCGCGAUGGAAGCUUCCGUUCUCAACGAAACUGCCGUGAGCAUUUUGGCAUCCAGAUUGGCCAUGACUCAAAAUAAUUUAAACGACUUCUUUAUCAUCAUUUCUGCCAUCUUGGUUUUUGCUAUGCAAGCUGGAUUUUCUCUGAUGGAAACUGGAUUGGUACGUUCUAAGAAUGCCACCAACAUCUUGAUGAAGAGCACGUUAGACGCAUUUAUUGGUGCCACCGUUUAUUGGCUUGUUGGCUACGCAUUCGCCUAUGGAGAUGGUAACGAAUUCAUCGGCUGGACGGGAUUCGCUUUGCAAGGCGUUUCACCUCACAAAAUUUCGUUUUGGUUUUAUCAAACGAUUUUCGCCAACACUGUUUCGACAAUUGUUAGUGGAGCAACAGCUGAACGGAUAAACUUGCCAGCUUUCUUCAUUUAUGCAUUUCUAUUGACUGGAUUCCUACACCCAGUAGCGAGUCGGUGGGUCUGGCAUACGUCUGGUUGGCUCAAAGUGAGAGGUGUAAUUGAUUUCGGUGGUGGUGGUUGCGUUCAUAUGCUUGGUGGCGUUAGCGCUCUGGUGGCCUGCCUUAUGGUCGGUCCGCGUAUUGGUCGGUACGAUAAUAAAACGAUGAAAAAAUUUGCAUUUCGGGGUCACUCGAACACGCUGACGGGUGUUGGAGCCUUUCUCCUCAUGAUGGGCAUCCUGGGCUACAACAUGUCUGCGCAGCUGGAUUUGUCGCAUCCGGGAGAUGGAGUGGCCGUCUCUGUUUCGGCCGUCAACACUUUGUUAGCUGGAAGUUCUGGAUCUAUCGUGGCUACCAUACUGGGCCGUGCUACGCCGACUGGCAGUUAUCGAUGGAGUUACAAUACGAUGUUGAACGGUGCCAUUGCCGGCAUGGUUUCGGCUUGCCCAGCAUGCAACGAUAUGCCAUUCUGGGGUGCUUACGUCACUGGCGCUGGAGCAGGUUUUCUCUAUUUUGCACUCCGGGCACUAAUCAAUCAUCUGCAUGUGGACGAUCCGCUUGACGCCUUUGCGGUCCACUUUGGCGGUGGAUUUUCCGGAAUGGUGUCCGCUCCCUUGUUGGUCACCAACGGUGUUAUACUGGUGGGUGAUGUUAAUUCCGCAGAGGUGUUUUGUUGGCAAUUGGUCGGCAUUUUAGUGCUGAUUGCAUGGGGUGUUGGUUUCUGUUCGAUUCUGUUUGGAUCACUCAAAUAUUUCAAGAUUCUUCGAGUCGAAUCUUGCGUUGAAAUCCAUGGCAUGGAUUUGAUGAAGCACGGCGAACCUGCGUAUCCAGCGGAAUCGUGGCAAGAGAAACAGUACUGGGAUCAUCAAGUUAAACAGUUGGUUUAUUCGUUGAGUUCAACCAAAAUAGAUGAAGCUGUUGGUGGUCAGACAAUAUUUGAUUCCAUCGCUACGGUCGAUUUGGGUGUCAACAAUAAUUUCCGUCUAACCGGAAUGCCACCCCAGAUGAAUUUCGCUCAUCUCGCGUUGACAGAUCACUUUCAGAAGAGCCUUUUCUCAUUGGAAAAUCAACAACGCGUUGGUUUGGAUUUUAUAUCUAGAAAGUAUUAAUAUUUUGACUUUUAAUCAUUCGAGAUUUAAUUUCACUAAUCGUAAAGUGAACUAUUUUGACUGAAUCAUUUUUUAACGCGCCAAACUUAACUACCAACAUAUUCCUAAUGUACAUAACAAAUGGAUGUUUUAUUAUUUUUUAUAAUACACCACACGCACGAUGGCGACCUGACGUUGCUGUGACACGUUUAAAAACUGACAA